GUCCUUCUCUAUCCGUGUUGGCGUACGAUGGUGCUACGUCUCCAGCACGGACUUGUAGCCCAUGCUAUGACCACAAUAUUGAUCAUAGGACGACCAAACUGGUCUGAAACUUCUUCCUGCCCAGACGCCCUAGCCGUACUAGCUGAGCUUGGACUUGUUCGAUCGCCACAUUCGUGAUGAUUUUCGUCAGAAACAUUAUGCAACAAUGCUCCUAAUCAAGCCCGAAUAAUCAAGAAUGAUAAACUCCAGAACCUCCAGAAUGGCCAUUUCUCUCCAAAUCAUUCCUACGUUAUGGACCAACCAAAAUGAGACUAAACACAAUAAUAUUAAGUGCCGUCGCCACGGCCUCGUCAAUUAACACCCGCCAACAGAACUGUCCGGAGAUUCACAUCUUCGGCGCCCGCGAGACGACCGCGCUCCCAGGCUUCGGAUCAGCCUCGACGGUCGUUAACCUCGUUCAACAAGCCAACAAGGGCGCAACAUCGGAAUCCAUAAUCUACCCCGCUGCUGGCGGAAAUGUGUAUUCCGCAAGUGUAACGGCUGGCGUAACCGCGGUCGCAAAUCAGACCAAUACAUUCAACAAAAUGUGCCCCGGAUCUAAGAUUAUCAUGGUCGGGUAUUCGCAAGGCGCACAGAUUGUAGACGACGCUUUCUGUGGUGGGCCAGAUAGAGUUAGCUUGAAUACGACAAAAGCGAGUAUCUCUUCGGGGGUCAGCAAGAUGGUGGCUGCAAUCAUCCUAAUGGGAAACCCGCGCCACGUUGAUGGUCUCCCUUUCAACGUAGGCAAUGCGACGGCAGGCGGAUUCGCAGCCCGUCCCGCCGGAUUCAAAUGUCCCGCUUUCGAAAAUAUCAUUCAAGCUUACUGCGAUGCCGAAGACCCCUUCUGUGCGAAAGGGAAUAAAACAGCUACACAUCAAGGAUACGGACGAGAAUAUGGACAAGCUGCGCUACAGUUUGUGCAAAGCAAGUUAGAGGGGUCCAAUGAAAAUGUGUCUAAUGGAACAAAUGUUAUUACCACAAGCACGGCACCAUCACCAGGAUUUCAUGGAGGGUAUAUCUGGACGGUGUUGGCUCUUGUCGCAAUAUUCCAUCUAUGAAGUCUAGGAUAACAAGGCGGCGUGCCAUUCCCGUUCCCCCCUCGGCGACAGUAAUCUACUAGCAAAAAUCAAAUCUAUCAAAUGAAUGUGUCUAUCC